AUGCUCCUUCGGCUCCUCCUGCCCUCGGCGCUGCUGGAGUGCAAGGACGCGCAGCAGACGCUCGCAGAUCUGGCGCAGCGCUUCACGCAGGAGGUGAAGGACAUCGACGAGCUGCAAGUCAAGUUGGUGCUGAUUUUUGGGGGCCAGGGCCCCAACCAUACCGCCGAGCUGGUCGCGCCGUUGCCGAAGGCGAUGCCGAUCAAGCCGCCCAUAUUCCCCGCCCUGACGGGGGUGGUCCAGGAGCCGCCGCCGGGGUACUGGGGGGAGCCGCAGGCGCCGCAGGCGCCGCAGGCGUGGCGUGGGGCCAGGCCGCAGGUGAUGCUGACGGAGCAGGAAGUGACUCGGCAGAAGGAGGUGCGCGAGCUGGGCGCGUACCAUCACAGCCUGCAGCGGUCGCAGCCGAUGGGGCCGGAGGACAGCGACGCAAACAAGAGCAUCACGGCCAGCAUUGAGCACUCGUACGAGGCGCUCGCAACGGCCGUGCCUGCAGAUUUGACGGGCAAGAACGACGUGGUCAUGAUCAAGGGCCACCCGCGCAAGGCCAUCACUAUUACGGCAGCGAAGAAGGGGAAGAACGGGCUCAGCAAGCUGAAGAUCGAGGUGCUGGACAUCCACACGUCGCUGCAGUACGAGGACGUCAAGGCGGCGACCUUCGUGGCCAACCUCCCCCAGGAGGCGGGGAUGGCCAUCACGAGCGGGCAGAACGUGGAGUACAGCUGGCUUGACAGCGAGAUGCUAGUGGCGCAACAUGGCACGUGCGCAGCGCAGCUCCAGAAGCUUGGCCUGCUGGACGUCCACGCGUUCGAAAAGUUCCACAGCAUCACGAAGCAGGCCGUCAGCACGAAGAAGGCACAAAGCGGAAUAUGGGGUGAAGAUUCCGCGUAG